CUUUACGUCAUUGCGGGCGCGACGCCCCGAAGGCCAGCUUGGGCUUUGGUCUGGCGGGGCGGUGGCGGCGAGUGAGGCCGGGAAGAUGCCAGUGGCGGUGAUGGCGGACAGCGCCUUCAGUUUCAGAAAGCUGCUGGAUCAGUGCGAGAACCAGGAGCUUGAGGCUCCUGGAGGAAUUGCCACACCACCAGUAUACGGUCAGCUUCUAGCAUUAUAUUUGCUCCAGAAUGACAUGAAUAAUGCAAGAUAUCUUUGGAAGAGGAUACCACCUGCUAUAAAGUCUGCAAAUUCUGAACUUGGGGGGAUUUGGUCAGUAGGACAGCGAAUCUGGCAGAGAGAUUUCCCAGGAAUCUAUACCACCAUCAACGCCCACCAGUGGUCCGAGACUGUGCAGCCAAUCAUGGAAGCCCUUAGAGAUGCAACAAGGAGACGCGCCUUCGCCCUGGUCUCUCAAGCUUAUACCUCCAUAAUCGCAGAUGAUUUUGCAGCCUUUGUUGGACUUCCUGUGGAAGAAGCUGUGAAAGGUGUGUUGGAGCAAGGGUGGCAAGCUGACUCUGCCACAAGAAUGGUUCUUCCCAGGAAGCCAGCUUCGGGAGCCCUGGAUGUUUCCCUUAAUAGGUUUAUUCCUUUAUCAGAGCCUGCCCCAGUUCCACCGAUCCCCAACGAGCAGCAGCUUGCCAGGCUGACCGACUACGUGGCUUUCCUGGAAAACUGAUUGGUCACUCUGAGUUCAAGACCCACCUUCACCCCCUGUCACUGGCAAACAGACUGGAGUUGUGUUCUGAGUUCACUGAGCAGGGUGCACCAGGUGUCCUUUGGGUUGAUAAAAGGCACACAGAAGAUGAAGCGAGUUGUACAGUUUCCUCCUCAGAUGCUGAAUGUCCUGGAGCCGUUCUCCUUGGCAUGGAUCCCUUUGGCUGGAACCAUCAGUAUUAUGCGUCUAGUUUCUCUCAACGACUAGACUCUGGACUCGAGCCUUUCUGCUUUAAGUAGCAGAGAGGCUUCUGUGGCACACACCACACUUGCAUACCAUUGGCCUCUAGCUGUCGUGAUGUGCUUGGGGCUUGAGGAGGACUGUCUCCAGAUGUGCCCAACCCACAUUGUCACUCACACCCUGGAGAAUGUGUUCUUUCUUCCCACCCCAGAACAAGGAGUCACUGAUGUAGAACCAGAAAUUGCUGAGGAGGGUGAGCCGUGUCCUGGGGAGGAGCUUCUCAGUGCUACAGGUUUUCCCCAGUAUAUGCAAGUUUCCAUUGCAUGAGGUGGACACUGGACAGUCCGUGGGAACUUUCUGAUGUGUCCUUUCAGAAGAAGGGAGGGGCCUGGAGUGCUGCAGGGAGCUCCCGAGCUGGGAUGGCCCAUGCAGCCCUCCUGCUGUGCCCGUCCUGUGUAGAAACGCUGAACGCAUCUGUUUUUGUUCCUUUAUGAAGCCCUUGAAGAUUUGAGGUGGUUAAUGGAUCUUCAGGUUCAAACAGCCCUGGUUCAUUUACUCUGCAUUUGUUCAAUAAAUAUUUAAUUGAA